UGACAGCUCGGAAUCUGAUGCGGUGUUCGUAAAAGAGAACAUAAUAGUUGAAAGAAAAUACGAUGUAUUUAAAACACUUUGUUGACUCUUAGAUAUAAUUACAUUGAUGUAUUUUUUUAUAAGAAUUCGUUCUAGUUAGCACUGAUGGUCAAUUCAUAUGGCUCUCUAAUUAAAUAUAAUGUGGAAGAAUUUGAAAAGAAGUCUGAGAUGAUUUUAUGGAGCGAGUAUUCAGUAAUGAUAUUCUUUUUUGUUUUGUGCGUUUGCCGUUGUACAAGUUAUAUAAAAGAAAAGAAAAGGCUGGUUUCAAAAUUCUAUUGUGAGGGCUUGAAACGUAAUUCUUUUCUCUGGAGCAUAGAAAGAGAGUCAUCUGCUCCUGUUUAUUUAUUUGGAACAGUGCAUGCACCAAGCAAUUGGGUAUGGCAUUACAUUCCAGAUAAUGCCAAAGAUGCAUUUAACGAAGCAACCCAUGUGUAUUCUGAAAUUGAUCUAGAAGAUGAGAGCGUUUUCCAGUCAAUAAACAGAUGUAAAUACUUACCUGGUAAUUUAACGUUGGAAGAUGCGCUCCCUAAAAACUUAUACUAUAAAUUAUUAAAAACUGCAAUAAAGUUUAGAGAAAGAAAAAAGAAAUGGCUGUUAAAAUUAUCAAGCUCUCUGUUUAAAGACUUUAAUGUUGGUACUUCUCACCCGUUUAAUCCAAAACUUAAACCAGUUUGGUUAUUAACUGAAAUUUUACAGCAAUGGAACAAAUUUUUUGUCAAGUCACAAUACCAACAUAGAAUUACAUUAGAUGCCUAUUUAGUACGAAAAGCUCAUGAAAGAAACGCGUACCAUGGUGGUAUUGAGGAUGUAUCAAUGCAUUGUGAUCCUUUGGACAAAUUAAGCGCAGAUAAGGUCAACCUUGCAUUGAAUGUGACUCUGCAUGUGCAAGAUCACAAAAUGUCUGGUCGUUGGAAAGUUAAAGAUUACGACAUCCGAAGAACUGCAAAUUUAUACACUUGCGGUAAUCCAAUGAACACAAGUAAACUUGUGACAAUGUUCGGUGAUUUUGUAGGCAACGAUUUUCAACAGCGUCUUGAAGAAAUAGACGAAUACUUGUCACGAGAACUUGUUUAUAAGCGAAAUAUCGAAAUGGCCAAUAGAAUAGAUAGCAUGUUAAAAAACAAAGAGUUGGAUUCAGCCAAAAUGUUUUUCCUUGUGGGAGCAGCUCACUUGCUAAGCAAUGAUUCUGUUGAUCAUCUGCUUCAACGAAAAGGAUACACCGUCAGACAUAUUAAACCAGAUGAAGCUAUCCCAGCAACUAUCAGGCGGAAAAAAAGACGCGAAAUGUUGUUCAAUAAUAAUUGGUUCAGUGGGAAAACCACUAAAGAACGUCCACCGCCGGUGGAAGAGAAACCGCAGCCACCACCACCACCGCCCAUUGUUAUCAUCAAGAGGGUGAAGAAGACAUAUGUGUAUUAUUACAAUAGUGAAAACCAUGUGCACCCACAUCGAGGUGUUAUCAUGAGCACCAUUUUAGUACUGAUGUAUUACGCAUGCUUUCUAUGAUUGGUGCAGUAGAGAAGACUAGCUGAUGAGUCCAAAAAUGAAAGUCGUGAUGGUUGCUCCAGUUGAGCAAAAGUGAGCGAGGGAGCGCGAUUUUAAGCCAUAAGAAGACCAUGUUUCUUGAUUGGGAGCGAAGUCGAACGCUUGCAACAGAAGGAAUUACCUUUUACCCGAAUUACUUAAGAGUUUGGUGUAAACAAUAAAAGAACUUGGUGAAACCAAAAAAUCUUUUAAAUUAAAAUGUCAAUAGUGAUAAUUAUUUGCACCCACAUCGAUCUGCUAGAAGUAAACGGUCGAGUAAGUGGAAGUUUUAUGAAGUACCGACAUACAAGAUGACAAUCUAAAGUCACGUGUUCAGAUGACUAUAUAUACAUAUAUAUAUUAUGAUAAGAAUUAUUUUCAAUUUUCUUCCUUAUUCAUUAUUUUUUUUUGGUUUUCGUUCUAGCUUUAUAUAUAUUUCAUACUAUCCUCUAGUAUAGCUAAAGUUUGGCUUCGAGUGACAUAAAAAUUUACGGAAGUGUUACGUCGUUAAUAGAGAAAAAACAUGGUGUACAACUCUUAUUGGAAAUCAAAAGCAGUUCAUGUUUCCAAUUCCGUCCGGAGCGGUAAUAAUGCUGAGAAUAACUCCUUCUAGCAGUUGUUUAGGUUUUAUUUUUGAACGUGCCUGUCAAUUUUUCCGACGGAAGGCAUUGAUGAGGCAUAGAAUAUAGAAAUGAUCACUGCCCUUGUCCCUCCGUUACUUCCUUCCUUUCACCCUCCCUUUCUUCCGCGUCUUGCACGCGGAAUCACAUGCGGUUUGUUUGCAAUUUACCGCAGAUGAUAGUGCCUGAUUUGCUAACCGACAAACGAAAGAUUGUAAUCUCUCUAAUCUGAUUGGUUGCUGAUAAGGUCUUAUUGUUUAUGUGUCCUAAAACGUGAUUUUUACUUUGGAAAAGAAGUUUUAAGCCUUCCGGAUUUGUUUUGAAAGUUGAGGGUUUUUUUAACUUUCUUUGUGAACUGGAACAAAAGUUUUUUUAAAAAAAAGUGAAUUUGGUCCGGUAUGAUGCAGAGUGAUAAUCGGGUAAAUUAUGAGCACGAUUAAGUGACAAAAAUUGUAAAACCAAUUGAAGUAAACAAACCUUGUUGUGCACCAAUCAGAAAUAAGACGGCACUUUAAACACGGGGUUUAACCAAUUGGAAAUAGCAUUCUUUUUUAUAUCACGAAUAAAUUAGUGAGUAUAAGAGGAGAGAGAGAAAAGGAUGUUUUAUAAAUAAAUAUGUGAAUUUUGUAUAUUUUUGUAUUUAUAAACUAUACGCUUGACAUGUGUAUAAAUAAUCAAGACCAAGUAUUAAAAUAGUUGAACAAACUUUCUACAUAUUUAUAUUUUUACUCACCUGUACGUAAUAUUUCAAAUGUUUUCAUGUACCGCUGACACGAAAUUUCAAAAUGAAUACAAUUCGAAAUGUCUUAUGA